UGUAAGGGUGUCGAUUCUGAAGCUGGAACAUUGGAGCAAAAAAGAUACUAUAUUUAUAUACAUAAACCGCAUAAAAGAAACGGAUGUGCUUCAGAAAACGAAACGGCUACCGCCCUCCAGAUAAUAGUAAUGCAAACAUUGAGAGGUCCACGGCCAACAGGGGGAUGACAUGCAUGUUUCCAGGCUGUUAACAACGUUGAGGAUUUUAAGACUAUUAGGCUGCAAGCUCUCAAGCCAUGAUGGACAUACUGUACACAGGCCCCAUCCAGGCAGAGCGCGAGUCUCCGAUGGCGCGGAGCGAGAGGCCAUCCGGCAGGGCUCGCCGGCCGGCAGCACAGCGCCCCAAUCCCUGCUGCUUCUGCUGGUGCUGCUGCUGUAGCUGCUCCUGUCUUACUGUUAGGAAAGAAGAUGAGAACAGGGCGAGGAGGAAGUCCCAGGACACCAAGCUGGAGACCAUACCAAACUGUGAAGCUUGCACCAAACCAACGGUGGACGAGAUGCGGCAGUGGGCUCAGUGCUUCGACAAGCUGAUGAAGAGCCCAGCCGGACGGAACGUCUUCAGGGAAUUCUUAAGGACUGAGUACAGUGAGGAGAAUAUGCUUUUCUGGUUAGCCUGCGAGGAACUGAAAAAAGAGAUGAAUACAUCGGCAAUCGAGGAGAAGGCACGCUUGAUCUACGAGGACUACAUCUCAAUACUCUCACCCAAGGAGGUAAGUCUGGACUCCAGGGUGCGAGAGGUGAUCAACAGGAAAAUGCAGGAGCCCACGCCCCACACUUUUGAGGAUGCCCAGCUUCAGAUCUACACCCUCAUGCACAGAGACUCCUACCCUAGGUUCCUCAACUCCUCAAUAUACAAAAACCUUCUGCAGUCAGGAUCCCGCUCCUCCUCUGAGUCUUAGAUCUCUGCUCUAUCUCUGUCUCUCUUCUCUCUUUCUCUUUCACUCUCUCUCCCACUUUCUCUCCAUUGCACAACCACUAAAGGAGAAACACCCCUUUUUGGGGGUUUUUAUUGUCAUUAUUGUUGGAUUUUUGUUAUCUCCACACUUUUAUAAAAAUCCCUCUUUACUGAUGGAAUCACUGAAUCUACACAGACAUAAACUGGAAGACACAGGGUCGUUAAUAGAGAAAUACUUUUGCUCAGUCAUUCCACUGCUCAUGGCUACAGCUCUACUGCAUUUACUACUGAUUUACAAGUGAUUAAUUUUAGAAUAUACUGUAUGUAAAUACAUAUGUUAUUUUUCACCUGAUGCCACAAAGUGAAAAGAGCCCAGAGAUAGCUCUGCAAUAAGACACUGGAGUCUAUUUUUUAAGUUCUACACCUGGGCACUGCUGGUUUAAACUACUCUUGAUUAACCUGACCUUUGACCUCUCUGCUGUGACUGAUAAUCUGAAGCAUGGGGUUGAGUGAUGGUGGUGAAAAAGGAGGGGUGUGGAAAGAGAUGUCCCAGGUGCAAAAAAAGAAGUGCUAGUGAUUGGUAACAACUGCUAUUUUUAAACAAAGAGCCAAGUAUAAUGGCUGUCUUUAAAUAAGAUCCCAAGAUCUUAGCUUGUCACACCAAAAGCAUUGUUAAAGAAGUAUUAUUGAUGUUAUUUAUUUUUUUGUUAACUGUGAUAUUAUUGUACAUAUGUAACAACUACCUGGAGCAUCCACCACAAGAACACAAGCCAAGCAACUUGUGGGUCAUGAGAGAAUGCAUGCUUUCUUUAGUCUUUGUCCUCCUUUACUGGGACACCAACACUCAUGGCCCUGUCCCUGACCCAUACUGAAGAGCUGUCAUCAUCUCAGUCACAGCAUGUGUUUGUGUGUGUGUGAGUGAGUGAGUGAGUGAGUGAGUGAGUGAGUGAGUGAGUGAGUGAGUGAGUGAGUGAGUGAGUGAGUG